CUGCGAGCAAGUCAUGAUGGUUGAAUCUGCCUCGGAGACAAUACGCUCCACUCCCUCCAGCCAGAACGGGGUCAGCAGCCUCACCAACCAGACAGACGGAGGAGGAGGCGGUGGCGGCGGUGGAGGAGGAGGAAGGGAAGGAGGCGGCGGGGAAACCAAUGGGGAAAUGAGCCCGGUGGAACUCCUGCAUUUUCAGCAGCAGCAGGCUCUCCAGGUGGCAAGACAGUUCCUUCUGCAGCAGGCCACGGGGCUGACCUCUCCUAGCAGCAAUGAGAACAAGCAACCCGCAGUCCAGGUCCCUGUGUCUGUCGCUAUGAUGUCACCUCAGAUGAUCACGCCACAGCAGAUGCAGCAGAUCCUGUCUCCUCCCCAGCUCCAAGCUCUGCUGCAGCAGCAGCAGGCGAUCAUGCUGCAACAGCUGCAGGAAUACUACAAGAAGCAACAGGAGCAGCUUCACCUGCAGCUAUUGACACAGCAGCAAGCCGGAAAGCAGCAACCCAAAGAGCAGCCAUUAGGGAAUAAACAGCUGGCAUUCCAACAGCAGCUACUGCAGAUGCAACAGCUGCAGCAGCAGCACUUGUUAAACCUUCAGCGACAAGGGCUGGUCAGCCUUCAGCCGGGACAAGGCACCGUUCCCCUGCAGACCCUUCCACAAGCUGUGUGUCCCUCGGACCUGCAGCAGCUCUGGAAAGAGGUCACCGCUACCCAGCCUGUAGAAGACAGCAUCAAGCAAGAGGGCCUCGACCUGACCACCAACACUUCAAACUCUACCUCGUUUUCGGCCGCCAAGGUCUCGCCUCCCAUUUCCCACCACUCUCUCCCCAAUGGACAGAGCGCCAUGCUCACGCCAAGGAGGGACAGCAGCUCUUCUCAUGAAGAGAACCCCGGCUCCCACCCUCUGUACGGACACGGAGAAUGCAAGUGGCCUGGUUGCGAAACCCUCUGUGAGGACUUGGGACAGUUUGUCAAACACCUCAAUACGGAACACGCACUUGAUGACCGAAGCACGGCCCAGUGUCGAGUUCAAAUGCAAGUGGUGCAGCAGCUGGAAAUACAGCUGGCGAAAGAAAGCGAGCGUCUCCAGGCAAUGAUGGCCCACCUCCAUAUGAGACCUUCGGAGCCGAAGCCUUUCAGUCAACCUCUGAACCUGGUCUCAAGCGCCACCCUCUCCAAGAGCACUUCAGAUACCUUUCCAGAUGGCUUACCUCAUCCCCCCACCUCCGCCACCGCCCCCAUCACUCCCUUGCGGCAGGGCCCAUCCGUCAUCAGCUCCUCCACCUUACAGACCAUGGGGGCCAUUCGCAGGAGAAACCCUGAAAAAUUCUGCCCCCCAAUAUCUUCAGAGCUUGCACAGAAUCACGAGUUUUACAAAAACACAGACGUCCGGCCGCCCUUCACGUAUGCCUCACUCAUCCGGCAGGCUAUCCUGGAGACCCCAGACAGGCAGCUAACGUUGAAUGAAAUCUACAACUGGUUCACGCGGAUGUUUGCCUACUUCAGGAGGAACACCGCCACCUGGAAGAACGCCGUGCGCCACAACCUGAGCCUGCACAAGUGCUUUGUGCGAGUGGAGAACGUCAAGGGAGCCGUCUGGACGGUAGACGAAGUCGAGUACCAAAAGCGAAGGCCACCAAAGAUGACGGGGAGUCCAACUUUAGUCAAAAACAUGAUUUCGGGACUCAGUUACGGAGCACUUAACGCCAGCUACCAGGCAGCCCUGGCAGAGAGCAACUUCCCCCUCCUGAACAGCCCCACCAUGAUCAACACCAGCUCCACCAGCGGCAUGCUGCACAUCGGCCACGACGACGUGAGCAGCACCGUGGAACAAGUCAACAGCAACGGCAGCAACAGCCCCCGGCUUUCCCCGCAGCAGUACAGCCAUCAAGUCCACGUGAAGGAAGAACCCGCCGAGGCUGAGGACGACAGCAGGCCCAUCUCUCUCAUGGCUACCACCAAUCAGAAUGUGACGAUCCCGGAGGACAGGGACCUGGAGGAGGAGCUGCCGGUGGAAGACUUGUCUUAAGGGCUCUCCCUCCUCACCUAGGGGCAAGCACUUCGCCCCUACCCCCCCCCAGGUGGAGACCAAGCAAUGGCUCCCAUCUCCUCAAGGUGACCUUCGGCAUUAACCUGACAAAGCAAAAGGGUUUCUUCGGUGCAACCUGUUGCUGAAGGCACGUCCCUCCUCCCCCAGACCCUCCCACCCCGGCCCGGUGACUCUUAACAGACUCCCACAAUGGGGGACGUGCAGAGAAACAAAAAAAAACAAUCCCUCCCCCUUUGGUUAGUGAUUGGUGAACGAGGAUGGUAGGUUGUUUCUGUCCGAAAAUUUCUCCUUAUUUCCCCCACCCUGUUUUCCAACUUCAUGGCAAAAGGAAGGCGCCUCCUGUCACGUUGGUUUUCUCAGUAUUUUGUUGGGUCUCAGUCCAUGCUCUGGGCUUUUCCAGUGGUGAUGGGACUA